CACAACCUGGUUCCAUUGUGACGUAUCGUCUAUUAAUAUGCAAAUCUAUUACUGAAUCCUCGGCCCCGGCUCCUGACUGGUUAGUUAUUAGCAGAUUCCAGCUCAGGAAGCCUAUGGCCGCUGUCACUUAUCAGAUAAGAUUUUCCUAUUUGACAAAACCUGGGGUUAGUGCUGAAAUGUCAAAGGAAACCGCUCCACACUAAAACCACAGGAUGAACCAGAUAGCAAUGGUGUGCGCUCUAUAUAAUGGGAGGUCUAGACCUGAGCACCUCACAGCAUUCACCUGCCCAAGACUAACAGAGACCAAUACAGCAAAUACAGCAGCACCAUGGAAGUCCUGACAGCACCCGGCAAGUUGACAGCAGUGCUGCUUUUCCUUGGAGUUACCGCUUUCAUGUCUGUCCAUUGUGUGGAUCUUCAUCAUUUAAAGAAAGCAGCAUGUCCACCCCUCGCUAGAUUACCCCCCACAGUGAAAGUCAGCCUGAACAUAAGCGGACACGACUCCCUUCUCCUGACUGGUGAUGUGAAUAAGCGCUCCACCUCUCCAUGGGAGUACAGCUAUGACAGAAACAUGAACCGAUACCCUGAAAUAAUUGCCGAGGCCAAGUGUAAUAUGGCCGCGUGUGUGGAUGCCCAGGGAAACGUGGAUAACAACUUAAAUUCCGUCCCCAUCAGACAAGAGAUCCUGGUCCUUUACCGUGAGACGAAUAAAUGUGCCCCCAGCUCCAAACUAGAGAAAAAGCUUGUGACCGUGGGCUGCACCUGCGUACGACCCAUCAUCAAAGAGCAGCAAUAGAUAGAGAAUGAAAGAUCCCGCUCCGGCACUAGAGAAACCACCAUGUUUUACGUUUAUCAGACGUUUAUCUGUUGUAGUCUUUUUUUUUUUUUUAAUAAGGAGCA